CAUAAACUGUAUACGUUUUUAAUAUCAAGUAGUUUUUUUGGAGGAAUUUAUAAGAUGAACACUUUAACGUUAAUUUGUGGACUAUUGGUUUGGACCGUCCUUGCAGCGGGUUCCCCACUUCCAGAAGAAGAGGUAGCAGCAGAAGUUGCGAUUGCCCACGAGAGAGAAUCCAACUUGGAGUUGUCACCAAAUGCCGAGACUGGGAACACUGGAGUUGCUGGACCUGCUGGUUCUACGGUUCCUGCCGGGGCGGCCGAAUCCACGGACGACGGUGGGGACGGGAAGAAGGGAGGGAAAGGGAAGGGAAAGAAGUGGAGGAAGGGUGGCAAGAAGGGUAGUGGAGGAGAGGCUGCCACUUCGGAGGACGACGACAGUGAGGACAAGAAAGGGGCAAAAAAGGACAAGAUGAAGAAGCGAAUGGAGAAGGCCAAGGAGAAGAUGGGUGAAUUCAAGGAGAAGGCGAAGGAGAAGAAACAAAAGAUAAAGGAGAAAAUGGGCGAAUUCAAGGAGAAGAUCAAGGCAAAAAAGGACGCAAAUACGAUGAAAGCCGCAGUAAUGCCUGCUACUUCUGGCACAUCAGCCAAUUAGUCUCAUUCUGAUUUUAAUCAAUGCCAAUUAACCAUUAAAUGUUUUAUUCAAUUCAAUA